GCUCUUAGCACUGUCUCAAAGCUUGCAUCCUGGCUGCAUGCAGCCUGAAAGCUGCCAUGGUGAUCGCAGAAGCUGUGGCCGGAGCUGCUGCAGGAGCCCAUGCCUUAUGGGACUACAACCGGGGCAAUUUCCUGUACGAUCGCAAAAUGCGCCAAGAGACUGAACUCAAAAUUCUUGAAUGGCGAGCCGAGAUGUCUGAAUUGUGGCGGGACGACGUCCGAGAUAUCGUUGGCCUGACAGAGAAGAAAAUGGACAGCUAUUUGAUUGUGUCAACGCUUCUCCUGGGUAUGUGCUUAGGCCUGUUCACAGAAGGACGACUGCAGCCUGGAACACCGCCAUGGCUGAUCCAUUUCUAUACUUUGACAUUGUCUGCGUCCUUCAUGUACCUGCUUCUGUCUAUUUGGCUCGCCGUGCAUGCUUCGAUUGUUGCCCAAUGCUCGGCAGUUCGAAUUCUUACACAAUUUGUGCGCCUUCCAAUACCAACGUGGGAGGCACUUCAAAACAUGCGGACCUUUGCGUCCAGCUAUGAGAAGCUGGACGCCAAAGACAUGUUGCGAGUUCCCUUCACCAGGAACCCAAGUGCAAAGACAAUGUCUAUGCCAAAGACUCCAACGGCAGAAAAGACUCCAAUGAGUCCAGAGAGACCUAGUGUUGCAAGUGCAGCUACUGGGCCAAUCGACCCUUGGAGACUGGAGCAGCACUCCGAGGACCGGCACUUGUACGAACUUCAGCACAUGCCUGCUCUCAGGAGGCGGCAUGUGCGCCUGGCCAGGCAAGCCGCCCAAGGGUACCAAGCCUAUGAUGCCUUUGCACGGGUAUCUGUUGCCUUCGGCACACAUCAGCUUAUGCUCUCGCUUUGCUACUACUGCCUUGGCUACAUAGCACUGCAGGAUGGCGCGCCCUGGGCAUCAGUCGGAGUACUGGGCCUGAUGUGUGUAAUGACUGUCUCCCUUGUGCAGUUGGACUUCGAAAUGAGUCGCAAGGAAUUUUACUUGGCAAUUCUUCUGAUAGCUGCUGGUCCUGUGUGCACCGGUGCUGCCACCUAUACCUGGGUGGUAUACGGAAUUCAGGCCAGAAUCCUUGUGAUGGUGCUCUUGCCUUUGACCUAUGCCUCGCAUGGGCUUUGGUUGUUCUUUGCCCUGGUUGCCUGUGGACUGGAAGUACAGCCAAAGACAGGAGUAAUUCUGCCCCAAAGAUUUCGGGCAGUGCUGUACAUGGACGUGUUUGACGUACGCAGAAAGCAGGCUUCUGCAGCACAAGGCGAGCACUCCCCAGACGGAAGCCUGCCCAUGCAGAUGCAAGAGCAAGAGAGCGCUUCAAGAGAGCAGAGCCGCAGUCUUCGCGAAUUGAAGCGUGAGAUUGAGGCGACCAUGAAGCUCUUCCAGUCCGAAACGGUCAAAGGGGCAAUGGACCAUGCCGAUCGUGAACGUGCAAACGAGCUUGUGGACCGUGCGCUAAAGGCUACCAAGAGCGAGGAGAAGAAGACAUCGACAUCAUCGCCUUGCGCAUCACGGUUGCACUCAAUGGCUUCCAUAGAUGAGGACAACUUUGUUCUGAUGAAAGGGUACACCGACUUCGGCGCAGAAGUGGAGUAUCUUUACAACCCCAAGAGUGGUGAGGCUCGGCCUUUGGAGGAGGAUGAAGUGCUCAAUGAGCCGACCAGCCCAGGAGGCCUGACGCAGGCUUCAUCAGUCAAGACUGAGGGUCAGAAGGUGCGAACCAUGACAGAAUUUGAUGCGGCCAUAGAAGAACUCUGCGUGCAUCAGCGCAAGGAAAGGCUGCCAAAGGAGGCUUUCCGAAGAUCUGAGAGCAUCAUCAUGCAUCAUGUGAAGAAGGUGGUGACGCCCGUAGUCAAAGCAGUGAUCCCAGAGAUCUCUGAAGAAGAUGAGGAGGAGCAAGCCCACCUGAUCUCGCGUGACAUCACACAGGAAGGGAUUCCAGCACCUUCAGGGCAAAUGUCAAGCACCCACGCAAAGUUCGACGCGCUGACCUUCAUACCUGAUGACAAUAGGGAGUCUGAAGAAUCGGAGAUUGUCAGCGGUCACGACAAGGUAGAUCCUCGCAAGUUUCCAGCAACAGUCUUUCGCCUCGCAACACUGCUGAUGGUUUCUUUGUGGACUGUGGGACUGAUGGUUCCAUUUGGUGUUCUCCGGGAGUUCAUGACAAAACCUUUGGUGAUUGACUUUCAACUUGGUGGAAGCGAAAAGGGUGGGGAGGAGGAGGUUCAGGCAGUUGUGGGCACCAAGCCUGACGGAUUGCCGGAGUUGAUCCCGGUGGCUAGAAAGCGAGAGGAUUUGCAACAGGCCCUUCAAGUACACCGCAUCAAGGUAAAGUGGCCGUUCAAGUCCGGUUUUUCGCCUAGAACGCUGAGCAGUGACCAGUCUGGGACGUUGCUGGUUGCAGCGGAUGAUCUUGGCGUCUAUGCUGGCCAAGUGAUCAGGGAGGCUGGUCGAGACGAAGUACACUUCCGACGCGUCCCACCAUGUGUUGCUUUGGAAGGUCAAGCAAUACAGGAUGUCAGCGUGGCGUGUGGGCCGGAUUUCCGCUGCAGGGUUCUGGUACUGCACGCAAAGGGACACAGACUGGCAGAAUGCCCAGUGGGUGAGAACUUUGCAGACUCGCGUGCUCAACGAGGUUACAGGACAGUUGCCAACGUUGCUGCCUUGCCAAGUUCCGAGCCAAAGCAAUGGGAGAUUCCGGACACGUGGCUACAUACGCAUUCCAAAUUUCAUCGUGGGCGCGAAACCAUAAAGGCUCUGGCAAUCAAUGGCAAUUGCAUGGGAGACUUCAAGCCUCAGUACGUGGGCUGCGUGGUUGUUGGCACAUCUGAAGGUCGCAUCGUCGAGCUUCGCCGCACUGGGAACGCGACCCGCACGCUGGUGCCCGAAAGGGCUAUGGAGCAGCGCAAUGAGGCUCUCACUGCUGGCUCUCUGCACUUUUCCUCCAAGGGGUAUGUCAUGGCCUUGCGUCGCAGCUCUCACAGAUUGCAAACGCUCCAGGCGUUCAGCGCCAAGGGAGGAACUCAUGCUGGCGAGUGGCGCUUGCCACAGAAUAUUCAUUGGCUCACGCUGGGUGGAGGCGAAGAGAAGUUGUACGGCUUCGGUUUGCGAGAAGGCGUCCCGGAGCUGUAUGAGGUUAUGCUGCCAGAUACACUGAAAAGACAGGCAGACACUCCCAGCUGAGUUCUGCAAGAAGAACAAGGUUACAGGUGCAUACAAUGAUGCUGCGCUGACCAAAGAUGUCAGCAGAUGUUGCCGUUGUAUGCAGCUAUGUCCAUAGGGUUCGAUUUGCAGCUGUUGUGCGACACUUCUCACUUUCACGUGAGUGAGGCGGUCAACAGACUGAUGGCACUUGUGAAACACAGUGCCAUUGACAGCCGCAUGAUUGGCUCUUAAGCGAAAGGCGGCAAUGCAGGCCUCUCAAAAGGGAGGACUGUUCAAGUGAAAAAAGCUCGACGCGGUGGUCUAGUCCAGUGAAAAAACUGACAGCUUCUCUUAAAUUGAUGGGU